AAUCCCACGUAUGGCCCUAUUGACUGGCGUUCAACCCAGAUACACGGUUGGCAGACACCCUUGACCUAACAUGACUUACCCAAGGCAGCUUAGCGUCGCGGAAAUCAGGGCCCAGUUUCGAACCUCAUGCACGAAUCAAGACAGCCGGGGUCCUCUGUCUCGCUGUGCCGCGUCGUGUCAACCUCCCAUUCAUUUGCCCAACACAGUUUUCUUUACCCAUCUCGAAGCGAUUCCUAUCCUACUAUUUUCCGUUUCACUUGGCUACUUGAGGAACUUUCGAUUAUUCUGGCCCAUUCCUUAUGAACCGCCCAACGAGGUAGCCACAACACGCCCGGGCCGGCCGAAUAUUCUGCAAGGAUGUUUGGCUCCCGAAGACAUCGCCCACCGAAUCCACCACUUACCGCGGCGACCGCGGAUCCGAAUGCUGCUACCGCUGCGGCUGCCGUCUUCAAGCGCCAUGAACCGAAUUCUUCCUUGUCGGCUGCCGCCGCCGCCGCCGCCCUGCGCGCGAGACCGACGACACCAACCCGCGUAGCCGAUGUCCAGACGAAGCGGACAUUGCGCCGGAGCGCAUCUGUCGCGUCGGCAAGCACUGCCUCGGACUAUGUCCACGACAGGCCACGCCUGCACAGGCGCGGCAGUAGCAGCUCGAUGACCGAGCGAACGUUCCGUACACCCAGCCCUCACCGGCCCAGCAGCAGCGGCUUUGGCCAGCGCCGAGCUCAGCCUGUCCGGGACGAUAUGCCUCCGGUCCCAGCACUGCCAAGAAAAAACAUGGACGCGGCGUCUAGGCAAGGGGUUGCUCAGCAGGAGAAUCGCCAUCGGAAGGCAAGCAGUCUGGGAGUGGGCAGCACCCCUGUACGCGUUGCAUCCCAGAAACUGGCGUCCGGGGAGGCGCCGUCCUGGUUUGGCGCGGCGAAGUUGGGAGACCUUGGGAACGUUCGUAGAACUGAUCCAGCCAUGGCGAGUCCCCCGUCAAGCCCGCUGCAGGUAUUCACAGGGGAUGAGGAGCUACCUGAAGCAGCUAGGCCGGGCAGUCAAGCCUCAUCCAUCAAUUUCUCCUACCCGAUACGGACAAGGCGAGGCUCCUCAACCGCCGUCUCGACGGCUGAUGAGUACGACGCGACUCAGAUGCCCGCCCACACAGGCCAGGUGCAUCCACAUGUUCAAGACCAGGAGGAGCCAGCAAGAGCAGCACAGUUCAGGAAUCAGCCAAGAGUGCAGUCGAUUUCACCAUCCGCAGGCAAACCGCCUGCUUCUACCCUUUCAGACCAAUCCUUGGUUUAUGAUCCCAACUCGAGGAGGAUGGUGCCACGAGCAAAUCUGCUAGUUGCCCAGCAGGCGGUCAUUGACGCCACGCAAGCAGCAAUGCGCCGCAAGAAGAAGAAAAGGCUCCCCCAGAGGGCCGGAUCGCAUCUGGCGGCGGGUACAAUGGGUCGCGCCAGGAUCGCAAUCCCCAGUUCCGCACCGGCAGCGAAGAUCGCACCACAUGGCGGAGCAGCACAGGCUCAGCUAUCGCGACAAGCUCAGACAACGCCGCACAAGGAGCCGGCGCCGGCCAAAGAGGCGCUAGUGCGUGCUGAAGAGCCUGCAGUCGAAGAGGCCACUACUUCACCGACAGUAGACGCAAACAGAUCUGAGCAGCAACACCCUCAGCAAGCCACAGAGCUUCCCCGAAACAUCGCUCCGGCGGUAUCGAACGCGGCGCAGUUCGUGGUAAGAAGACAGCCGUCUGUGGUUCGGGAAGAGCCAGAACCAGAGGACUCUGGAAACGAGAGGCCGACACAAAAACUCCCCUCUGCCUUGGACGCAGUUCCCGGCCGGCGGACAAUGCAAGUCGGGGCUGGGCUCGAGGCCCAUUCACCCCCAUCGACAACCAUGCCGCCAAACGGUCUCUUGGAGAACCUUGCUGUGAUUGGAGUCGACCAGAAACCCAAGACCGGCUCAGUCCAUGUCUCGGAGGACGGGAAGCCACAGCCCGGUGCUACAGAACAUGGGUGGGACGCGCGUGUUUUGCGGGACCGAACUCAUUCGAACAGUCCUGCCCGGCAAGCGCAUUUCGGCCCUGUUCAGGAUAAUUUGACUGUCAAGCACUCCCCGCCGCCUCGGUCAAUAUCCCCGCGAAAGUCAGCCAUGAAACACACGAGCUCGCCCCGUGCUGCGUCGCCCUCCGACGACACGUCCGAAGCUUCGGGGAAUGCCAGCCAGGAGCCCCUUAUAGCGCGCAGAAAGUCUGUACGCGUUAGUUUCGAUGAAUGCGCCCUCGGAGCGGCGGCCGACUCGGUCUCUGCAAGCGGAAACAACGCGCGCCCGGCCUCCAGUCCUUUGCACGGCAACCGCCAGAACUGGCUCGCCAACGUCAGCCGUAACCAGGACUUGUCAUCAUUUGACGAUGAUGCCGUGAUGAAGCCGCGGCCGGCUCUGCCUAGUUUCGGCAGCGUGAGGGAUAGGAAGCCUCGGGAUAUCAGUCCCGACCUUUCCGAGAGGCCAUUGGUUCGGCCCAAGGGCGAGACGCGAUACCCGCCGGCAUUGCUCCCCAAUCCUCCGUUGGGCUCGAGCAACGACCAUGCUCUUGGCGCUGUUUUGUCGAAAGAACAGGCGAGACCCACGGAAGGAAACGUGCAUGCGGAAGGGACGCCGAGGAAUAGGGAGCCAUUGCCUCCAGUAGUGACCAGUGUUGAAGGCACCGGUUACUUCACUGAUACCUCAGACAACAGCUCCGUUUUCAGUUCCGAGUUCGAGCAGCCCGAGGCUUUGAGUCCCAAACCAGCACCAGAACCGCGUUCAAGGCCAAUCGUGGAACCACAAAGCGAGGUGCACAAAACGCCUGUCAAUGGUUUGGCGGGCCAUUCCAUCCGCGAUAUCGUCCCUGUUAAGGUCACCAUGGAACCCAAGCCGUCUAUGGAGCCACAGGUCCCCGCCAUCUCCGUUUCCCAGCAGACACCUCCAACCGCGGAGGACAAGUCACCCACGCAUUCCUAUAUGGAUGUGCCCGGCCGGUUUCCAGAGGACGAAUCAGAUCAGUCUGCCGCGUCGGCUGCGGAUACAAUUCCACAGGUCAGAAUCCUUAAUACAUCAGCUGAAGUCUCGCAACAGGGCAACCCGCCGUCUGCGGCUGAAACCAGCCAGCCUACUGUCGUGGGUGACUUUAGCGAUUCUGAGAGCGAGGUCUACAGCGAUGCCUACGAAGACCUCUCGGAAAUUGAAGGAGACGGCUUUCAGUCGCUUAACGCUGUGGUCGAGAGCCCGCUACAGAAAAGCCCCCGACUGUCUUCCCAAGCUGGGCCGGCCGCCUGCAGGGACGCUGCGCGCCACAAGUCUCCUGGGGAACUUCCUAAGUUUCAGACUCAGUUGUCAUCCGCCACGACCGCCGUCGAGACGCAGCCUGCAGGAAGCCCUGAGGACGAUUGGGAGAGAGCAAAGGCCUGGUGGCGGAGCUUGACGUCGGAGAAGCGAGCGGAGCUGGAGAGGGAGGCAAUAGAAGAGGCGGUCGUAAAGGCAGACAGGAACGAACCACCGCCUGAAGCGGAAGUCAACAAGAAAAAGACGGUCGAACGAAGUGUUUCUGAAACCAGAGUGCUGGCCGCCCACAUGGCGCAGCGCACAUCGGCAAAACAAGAGCAGGAGAGAGCAGCAAAUCCGCACCGCAGCUGCAUGGUCAAGCCCGGCGAACAGUGGACUAGGAAGAACAAAAGGGAUAUCCCGCCAAUGCGGAAGACGAUGCGCGGCGAGCCACAGCACCACGUCAGGGUCAAAUCCCCCGAGGGGUCGCUUUUACGCAAGUCAAUGCGGCCGAGCGGCCCCUCAGGUCCUAGCAGCGAUGCUCCCGUACGUCCUGGAGAUCAAGCAACAUCCAAGCGUCCAGUGCCGUCCCCUCUGGUUGCCGCUGUUCCGGCAAGGCCAAAACACGGUCGGUCAGCCACACAAGUGGAGGCCAUCUCUCAUUGGGAUGACUCUCUCCGUCCUUCCAUGGCGAGGCGGGGUUCUUCGGGAAGUGAAAGCAGCUUCAAGCGUUCCCGAACUGCCAGAGACCAAGGCGUCGGGUUCCGCAGCUCAAUGAGGCCAACUUCUCCCCCAUCCGUCCAUGGCGAUGCACGCUAUUCCAGAAGGUUCUCACUAAGGGCGCUCUCCCCAACCGGCCCCGAGCCCAGGCAGACUGCUGAUCAUUCUUUGGCCGGCAUUUCUGAGAACACCCACAUGCGCACAACCUUGCGCGAUCAAUUCGCAGCAAGGAAGAGUUCCGGCGGCAUACGCAUUCCAAGCUUCAAUCUCUCGUACGGCGGGGGAAAGAAGCACGGCUCAAAGACGUCUGAAAACAAAGGUCCUGGCUCUCGCUUCUCCAGCCGGUUCGCCGACUCGAGUGAUGAAGAAGGCCCUGGGCCUUUGUCUAGCUUCCGCAGCCGCUUUGAAGACUCGAGCGACGAUGAGCCCGUGAUGCCGGUUCCUGCCCCACUUUCGAUCCCAGCAUCGACGUCUACCUCGUAUGCGGCCACCGGCGGCGUAGGAGGACACCAUUUGAGAAAGGAAAGCUCCAUCGCGAGCACCGCCCUGCCUGAGGAACUAGAAGAUUCCGAAGAGACCCAGGAGCACGGAGAAGCGGCGGCGGCAGAAACCAGAAGCGGGCUGCCUGCCUUCGUGGCGACGGUAGAUACCAGUCUCCGAAGCACACGGUCCGGUAUGGGCCAGUUCCCGGACUCGCAGACCGCGCCGCUGUCGGUCUCCGGGGCUGCUGACAGCAGCAACAAGACUGACAACAACAAGAAGAUACGCGCCCCGAGACGGAACAGCAUCAUGUCGAUGCUGCGCCACCGGAAAAAGGAUAGUUCUGCCGGAAAGAUUGGCCGCCCGGAGAUCCGCGAGAGUGCCGCGCGCCAAGAUACCCGGCUCGAGCGGAGCGUCGGCCAACUCGAGCAGAUCAGGAGUCAGGGCAGCGGUGAAGAAGGGGACGUUGCGGACGAGGCGGUGCCGUCGCCGUCACCGUCACCGUCGCCGAAAAGCCCGCGCCUGCAAAAGCGGGGGGGUAACAAGAGGGGCAGCAGCUCGGGGGUUGCAGCGAUGUCGAAGACGACGACGGCGGCGGCGACGCCCGAAUCCGGAAUGGGCAUGCCCGCUCCCACUCCCACGGUUGGUGCUGCCCCACCACGAGGCCAUGAUAAUGACGUCCUCGUGGGCGGCAAUAACAGAGAAGAAGACGACAAGUUCAAGGAGGACGCCUCUAAUCCGGCGGCGGCGCAGCUCAGGCGGUCGAGCACGUCAGGGAAUCUGGGCACUAGGACGCUCAGUGGCGCGUUCUUGCAGCUGCAUUCCCACCACCUCCACCACCACCACCGUAGGGCGCCGUCCAUUUCCGGCUUGGAGGCGGCGCCGGCGAGCGUGGAGGGGUCGGUGGCGGGUAGUAUGGAGGUUUCCUCGUCGACGACGAGGAAGAAACGGUUUGGGACGCUGAGGAGAAUGUUCGGAAUUAGUGAUUAGAGGAAAUAAUGGGAUGAUGGAGUGGUUGGCGGUCUUUUGUGGGUGAGCUAGGGAUAAUAAGUGGUAUUGGGGUACCAUGAGGAAAACUUACACGAGGAAGGAUGGGGUCCGAAGAUGGGAUUUGGGGCAUUCGGAAUGGAGCAACCGAAAAUUCAGAGCAAGCAAGCGGUCGUUUAGCGCGCAUAUACCCGGAGCUGGAGCAUAAAGUUUGGAUUUGGGAUUGUCGUUUGAAAUUGGUUUUGGGAUGGAUGUAUGCUAGCUACAAAGAGCCAUGUUAAAUGAAUCGUACAACACUGGUGGUGAAACCG